AUGGCUUUGCAGGAGGUCUGUGGCUUCAACAAAUUCUCUUAUCUCUACUCCGAAUGGAAUAUUUCUGCGUCAGCCUCUGUGUACUUGGAAGACACCUUUUUCUCAUUCCACAACAGGAAGAACACAGACUUUGGAGGUUUCUUUACAGGGAGCAAUGGAAGUCCUCUAGAGCUGUAUGUGCCAGUGGCUGAAUACCUCAAAGAGAGCCCACUACAGUUUGGCCAAGCAAGUCCGAAUGUUACACCUCAGCCUACUGCCAAACCUGAGUACUGUUCUUUACCUUCGCUUCCUUUCCCUGCAGGCAUACCCUUAUCUGCCUCUUCGUCCAUUCCUCUACCUUUCCAGCUGUCUCAUGGUACGACCACCCUGGCCUUUCAGUUCCAGGGUGGUGUCAUCGCCGCUGCAGACACGCGUUCAAGUUGCUCUGGCCUUGUGGCAUGCCCAUCCUCGCAAAAGAUUCUGCCAAUCCACUCCCACCUGGUGGGUACCACCUCGGGGACCUCGGCUGACUGUUUCCUGUGGAAGCGCAUCCUUGCCCGCGAGCUGCGGCUCUACCAGCUGCGCCAUCAUCGGAGACUGUCCACAGGGGGUGCUGCCAAGCUUCUAUCUCACAUGCUACAUCCAUUCAAGGGCACAGAGCUAUGUGUGGCGGCAACUCUCUGUGGUUGGGAUCAGAACCUGUGCGGCCCCAGAUUGUUUUAUGUAUGCAGCGAUGGCACCCGCCUACAGGGAGAGCUGUUUUCUGUGGGAUCUGGCUCACCUUAUGCCUACUCCAUCCUGGACAGAGAUAUAUGCUGGGAGAUGAGCGUGGAUGAGGCUGUGGCGCUGGCCAGAGAAGCAGUAUACAGGGCCACACAUAGAGAUGCCUACUCAGGCAACAAUGUGGACCUCUAUCAUAUCACUGCCGGGGGCUGGAAACGCAGAGAGAGGGAGGAGUUGAAAGAGGAGUAUUACAGGGAGAAGGAGCGUGAGAGAGAGAAGGUGGCUGAGAGAAGAAGAAAAAUGGAGAAAGCAGAUGGAAGCAAAUGUGUGAAGUAGGGGUAUGAUUGGCUACCCAAAAUAGGCAUAAGCCAGUG